AAGGGGACCGCCGCUUCUUUUCGCCAGAACUAGCCGGCUGGUUGCUGCCUCAGCUGUGCCCCCUCAUCCUCCGCGUCACCGCUGCCGCCAUGCCUGGAGGUCUGCUUCUUGGGGACAAGGCCCCCAACUUCGAGGCCAACAGCACUGUCGGCCGUAUCCGUUUCCAUGACUAUCUGGGAGACUCAUGGGGCAUUCUCUUCUCCCACCCUCGGGACUUUACCCCAGUGUGCACCACGGAGCUUGGCAGAGCUGCAAAGCUGGCACCAGAAUUUGCCAAGAGGAAUGUUAAGAUGAUUGCCCUUUCAAUAGACAGUGUUGAAGACCAUCUUGCCUGGAGCAAGGAUAUCAAUGCAUACAAUGGUGAAGAGCCCACAGAAAAGUUACCUUUUCCCAUCAUCGAUGAUAAGAAUCGAGACCUUGCCAUCCUCUUGGGCAUGCUGGACCCAGCGGAGAAGGAUGAAAAGGGCAUGCCUGUGACGGCUCGUGUGGUGUUUAUUUUUGGUCCUGAUAAGAAACUGAAGCUGUCGAUCCUCUAUCCAGCUACCACUGGAAGGAACUUUGAUGAGAUUCUCAGAGUAGUUAUCUCUCUCCAGCUGACAGCAGAAAAGAGGGUUGCCACCCCGGUUGAUUGGAAGGUAAAUAAUGUUAAGAGGGCUGAUACUCAGCUUGCCUGGAAGGUAUGAGGGGCCGCUCCAGAA